AUGACUUCUUCUCAGUGCAGCUACGCCGUUGAACCCGGGAGCAGUGAGGGCCAAAAGUGUAAAGCUGUGGUGAAGAGAGAUGGUGUGCUUGCAUCAGUCUUCUGUCGAAUUUCACAGUUUUGGCCAGUCCGUCUUGUGGUGAAUGGGGUUCGGACUUUAUGGUGGUUUUUUGGCUUUUCCUCUCCUGGAAAGGCCGCUUCCCCUUCAUCUGAAGAAGACAAAAGUUCUCCCAGUGCACGCCAGUGGCGAUUAGGUCGAAAGCGUCUAGGAAGAACCACACGUUUGCUGCUUGCUAUCCUGCCUCGGCCGCUCCAGAGGGUUCUCGGCUAUCCGGUGUGCACCAGCAUCGGCUGCUCCGUGUCUCCAGAGGUGCGCUGUUCUCCCACCAAGCCCUGUGGGAAAGGAAGUAAAAGGAAGCAGGAUGAUAUGGAUGAGGAUGAGGAGCUGGAGCAGCAGUCUUGGGUGGAGGCACUCAACCAGGAGCUGACUGAUGAGGACCAGUCUGUUGACCCUGACUAUGAACCCAGUGCAAUUGAGACAGAUAGUGAGGAGUACCGGUCCCACAACGAUACAGAGAGUGACAUUGAGGUGGAGAAAGGUGUUGUUGUGAUCCAGGAUCUGGAAACCAUACAGGAAACUCCGCACUGAGGUGUUGUGAUGGCCGUGUGGAAUGUGUUGCAUGUAUUUAUAAAAGUGUUGACCUGUUCAGGUGAAAGGCCUCCUAGCUUGAUGGUCUUUUUUUUUUUUUUUUUUCCUCUCUCUCUGUGUGUG